GUAUUAUUGCCGAUCAACUAACAAUAAUAGACCAGACCCGCUUAUAAGAACCUUGAUGGCUUGGGCUUCCCCUUCUCUAGAUCCCCCGCUUCCCUUGCCCUCUUCACGAUGUCGUACCAGCCAAAAGAUCCCGAGAAGGACAGAACCCCCUCCGACUUCGGCUAUGGCGAGGAGUUUAUCCCCGAUGGUCAGGAGGACACGCUCAAGCGCCAGCUCAAAUCCCGCCAUAUUGCCAUGAUAAGUAUUGGUGGUGUUAUUGGGACAGGACUCUUCCUUGGGACAGGGAGUGCGCUCUCAAAUGGUGGGCCAGUAGGUCUGCUCCUCGGUUACUCUAUCAUGGGGUCCAUUUGCUAUUGUGUCAUGAUCUCCUUGGGAGAGAUGGUCGCUUAUCUUCCUAUCCCCGGUGGCCACAUCAAACUUGCUGAACGCUUUGUCAAUCCUGCCUUCUCAUUCGCCAUGGGGUGGAAUUACUGGUAUAACUGGGUGAUCGUAUUGCCAGCCGAACUCAGUGCAGCAGCUGUGCUCAUCGACUACUGGGAAAAGCACAAGGUGAACGAUGCCGUCUGGAUCAUCAUUUGUCUCUUCGUAGUCAUCGUUAUUAACUUGUAAGUGCUUAUUGACCCUUUCCCCCAUUUGUACACCAUAUGCAAUUUGUGCAAUGAGGCCCACGCAUUCAGGCUAGUCAGUCUUCCGGCA